AUGGUUGCCCAGACGCGUAAUGCCGGGCAGCCUUCACCCAAGAAGCUCAAGUUUCGCGACAAGAUCCUCGUCAAGGGCGUCAGCACCGAUGCUCUCCUGAAGAAGCUCAAGCAGCUGCACCAGGAGCUCGCAGAUAUGGACCAAGAGAGCGCGGAUAUAUCUUCCCUCGCGCCCAUCCGCAAAGACCUCAUCAACACCUCCAUCUUGCUCCACAAGGAUCGCGGUGUCAAAGCAUACACCGCGUGCUGUCUCGCCGACCUCCUUCGUUUGUACGCCCCCGACGCACCAUACAACCAGAACGAGCUUCGCGACAUCUUCCAGUUCUUCUUCCGCCAGCUUUCGACCGGUCUCAAGGGCGCGGACUCCGCUUACUAUAACGAAUACUUCCAUCUUCUUGAAUCUCUGUCUACAGUCAAGAGCGUCGUCUUGGUCUGUGACCUUCCAAACGGCGACGAGCUUAUGGUCGACAUCUUUCGUGACUUCUUCGGACUCGUGCGUCGCGACCUCGCGAAGAAGAUCGAACUUUUCAUGGCAGAUAUCCUGAUAGCACUCAUCGACGAAUGCUCAGCACUUCCUUCCGAGGUUCUGGAGGUUAUCAUGGCGCAGUUCACAGACAAGAAUGCGAAAAUGGAGCAGCCCUCAUACCGACUCGCCGUCCAAGUCUGUAACGCGACUUCAGACAAGCUCCAGAGGCACGUGUGCCAGUACUUCACCGACAUCAUCGUAGACCGCGCUCGUGAAGAGGAGUACGACGAAGUACAAGUCGCGCACGACCUCAUCCAGCAACUCAACCGCGCGUGUCCGUCUCUCCUUCACAACGUCGUCCCACAACUCGAGGAAGAGUUGCGCGUAGAGCAUGUACAGCUGCGUGUCAUGGCCACCAAGACGCUUGGAGAGAUGUUCUCCGACAAACACGGUUUCGACCUCACUCAGAAGUACCACUCAACAUGGCAACACUGGUUGGGUCGACGAAACGACAAAAGUGUUCUGAUACGCUCAAUAUGGGUGGAGUCGAUGAAGGGUGUCAUCGUCAGUCUCCCACAAGUCCAAAGGGAAACAGAGGAGACGCUGGCUAGCAAGUUGUUGGAUCCAGACGACAAGAUUCGUGCCGCCGUUUGCAAGCUGUACGGGGAGCUAGAUUACGAGGUGGCUCUUCACCACGUAUCUGUGGCCCAGCUGCAAAGGGUUGCUGGUCGAGGGCUGGACAAGAAGCGCGCCGUUCGGGUAGAAGCGUUCAACGCAGUGGGGCGGUUAUAUGGUCUAGCAUACCCCGAGAUCGAAAAUAACGACCCCGCUGCAAUCGAACACUUUGCAUGGAUACCGAAGGAAUUGCUGAAGUGUGCAUCAGUUAGCCGCGAUGUCAAGUCACUCGCCGAACAGGUCCUCGAGGAUCAUCUACUACCGCUUCCAUUACCCCCUGCUGCGUCAUCUUCAAAAGGUACCGAUGUGGACGAAGUUGCUUGGACGGACCGCCUUCUGCUUGUUUCACGCCACUUGGACGACGAGAUUGCCAUGAACACUCUGUUCAGCUUUACGAAUCUUAAGGGAGUACGACCUACACCGUUUGAGAAAUUUGUCGCCGUUUGCAUCGAAUACAACGGUGGAAUCAUUGACGACGACGAAGAUGGAGUUACAGAGAAGUUGAAUGCAAUCAUCAAAGAGAUAGCCUUUCACUUCACGGAGCCUCAGAAAGCGAGCGAGGAUCUCCUGGCGUUCGCCAAACUCAACGAGCCCCGACUGUACAAGCUGCUGAAAACAUGCAUGGACGUCCAGACGGAUCUCAAAGGCCUUUUGAAAGCCAGGAUUGAAUUCAUGCGAAGACUUGAACAAUCGUCUGCCAUUGUGCCCACGAUGUCAGCUUUUCUUCGUCGUUCCUCUCUCCACAUCCUUGGUACAUCGUCCAUCCCAACUCUGAUCAAGCGAGUUGCCAAAGGCGCCGAGCCCCCAUCAUCUGUGGCCUAUUCGCAAACCCAGAACCAGAACCAGUCCUUUUCUAUGUUCGCAGCUGGCAGCGAACCUGAAGGUCGCGCGCAAAAGACCGCUCAGGUUGCUCAGAUUUGGCUGACCUACGUGUCGAAGCACUGCCCGGCACUGUACAAGGCUCAUAUCGGGGAAUUUGCCAAAGCAGUCGCCGACGAACGGAAUGCGCGGCUCGUAGAAGUCUGCUUGCAAGCACUGGCGGCGGCUGCGACAUGGGACGCGAAGCUUGCACCUAAUGACAAGCGUACUGUAGACCGUGUUUUGCGGUUCGUCAAUGACGCAAAUGAGCGGCAUGCGAAGUUCGCCACACAACUGGUCGUUCGCUUGAAGAACUCCGAGGCGCUGUGCGAACAGCUCAUCGAGUCAAUAUCUGAAGAGCUUCCGGAUGUUGAGCUGGACACUUUGGUCGCUCACAUCGCAGUACUUGCUCAGCUAGCUCUUCGGGCACCGGACGCGUUCGAGCAGAGGAGCGACGUCAUCAUGGCAUUUCUUGUCAAAGACGUCUUGCGGUCUCUCGAAGAUGACUCGAUGGACAUUGACAACAGCGAAUGGGAACCGGAUGAGCGGGUGUCGUACGAAGUGCGCGCCAAGAUCCUCGCGCUCAAGGUUUGCAGGAACCGUUGUCUCGCCCAUGCCGGCUCAGAGUCCGCGCUAGAAAUCGCACAACCUGUCAUUCGAAUGUUCUCUACCGUUCUCUUCCACGACGGCUCCUUCACCGAGGCUGCGAUGGACACCGACCGGCCGACGACGAAGGCACGGAUGCGACUGCAGGCGGCAACGGCGCUUCUGAAGCUUUCCGUUGUGCGUAGCUUCGCCGAGGAGAUCAAUAAACACUUCGCCAGGAUCGCAAUCACUGUCCAGGACCGGGUGUACAACGUUCGGAUGACAUUCCUCCUCAAGCUACUCGGGUUGCUCUCACGGAGCAAGCUGCCGAGUCAUUACAAUGUGACACCCUUCCUAUGCGUGCACGACCCAGAAGAGGACAUCAAGGAUAAGGCGCAGGCGUAUGUCCUGUAUGCUCUUCACAGUAUGCCGAAGAUUGUCAGGCUCGAUCGAUUCGAGCAAAACUUCAUUCGUCUACUGCAUCUCCUUGCGCAUCAUCCUGAUUUCACUGUCGACGCGAAGGGCAUUCCGGAUAUGGCCAAGUAUAUCCAGUUCUUCUUGGCACUCGUGGCGAACAACGACAACAUCUCGCUGCUCUAUCACAUCUCCCUCAAGGCCAAGACAGUGCGCGACGCCGAAUCACAUACCUACAGCGAGAAUCUGUACGUCGUAGCGGAGCUCGCACAGCAUCUGAUCCGGACACACGCGAAAGCGCAUUCCUGGACUUUGGAGACGUGGCCAGGCAAAGUCCGAUUGCCUCAGGAUAUCCUUCGUCCCCUACCGAGCCCCGAGGCAGGGAAGCAGAUCCUCAAGAGGGUGUACUUGAGCGAUGAGGCUCUAACAUGGCUCGCGGAGAAGUCCAAAGCCACUGCGGAACCCAAGGAGAGGAAGCCCCGCGCUCCCAGACAGCCAGGGGUCAAACGGAAAGCGGCUGGGACGAAGGCGAAUGGAACUUCCAAGCGUCCACGGACAGCCAGGAAGCGCAAAGACGACGAGUCCGAGGAAGAGUCCGACGUGUCUGAUCCGGAUGAUGAUGACGAGGACGAGGAGAGAGCGGCAACCUCACCUUCCAAGCCUCCAGAGUCUGGCUCGUCUUCGGAAGCGGAGGUGGAAGGAGACGAGACGAAAGAACGCCCGACGCGUACAAGGGCUCAAGCCAAAAAGCAAGCCAAGCGAGCCGCGAAGCGAGAGGCCAGAGCAAGUGGCUGA